UUUCCUACUCCCAUCUAAACUAAACAAAGGCACUAUCUAUGAGAAAUUAUUGGGAAAAUUGGAGAGAGAACCAAAACUAUACGAAAGAAACAGAGCUCUCACGCAAGUACAUUUGUUACCUAUGUGUAUUCGUUAUUUUUUAAUAGGCCUGCAAUGUGCUUGAAGAAUGUCCUCUAUGAAAACUGGUUUUCAGAGACACGAUUGAUUUAGAAUACAUUAUCACCGUUGUCAAUUUGUACUCGACCACCAGCGAAAACCGAGCUAGCUUAUCUUCCCACUUCCCACUUCCCACAAAACCAAAUCUCAAAGUCCGUCAAUGGCGUCCCAAGUCAUCAAAAAGUUACCAUUCAUACUCUCCACAAAAGGCCCUUCAAUGGCCGUCGUGCGCUCGAAAACGACCUCGUCCCAGUACGUAGCAUCCAACCCCACAUUUGAGAAACUCAUGGACAAUUACAAGAACCUCCUCAAAGUGAUCGCCAUUCAAGGCCUCAUCCUCACAAACCGCAGCAACAACCCACCGUCCGUGUCCCUUGAAUUCCUGAAUAGACUCUCUCAAAAGCUCCAUCUCAACCGCGGCGCAGCCGCCUUCCUUCGCAAGUACCCUCACAUUUUCGACAUUUUCUAUGAGCAAAAGAAGUCCCAACCUUUCUGCAGAUUGACUAACAGUUCUACUCAAAUUUGCCGCCAAGAAGCCGCCGCCAUAACAGAGUCCUUGCCACUUGUCGUGGAUCGUCUGGUUCGGAUUCUCUCCAUGUCGGCCUCUAAGUCGCUGCCACUUCGAGCAAUUUUCAAGGUCUGGAGGGAGUUCGGACUCCCUGAUGAUUUCGAGGACUCGGUAAUAUCCAAAAACCCUCAUCUUUUUAAGCUUUGUGAUGCCCAUGAACCUAAUACUCAUAUAUUAAAACUUGUUGGUGCAAUUCCCAGUAAUAAUUUUGUGGCUUCGGCUGAGAAUUGGAGGAUUACAGAGUGUUGUAAGGAGGAUUCUAUUGUUGAUAGGACUGAAAUGCAGUUCACUUUUAAACAUGGGUUUCCACCAGGAAUGAGGUUGAGUAAGAAUUUUAGAGCCAAAGUUAAGGAGUGGCAGAGAUUGCCGUAUGUUGGGCCAUAUGAGGAUGUGGGAGAGAAGAAGAGAUCUAAGAGUGGAAUAAUGGCAUUAGAGAAACGGACAGUUGGGAUUGUGCAUGAGUUCUUAAGUUUGCCUGUAGAGAAGACGGUGGAGGUGGAGAAGAUUAGUCAUUUUAGGAACUGUUUCGGGAUUGAUUUGAACAUACGGGAUUUGUUCUUGGAUCACCCUGGGAUAUUUUACUUGUCAACCAAGGGGAAGAGACAUACUGUUUUUCUGAGAGAAGCAUAUGAGAAGGGGUGCUUGAUUGAACCGAAUCCGGUUUACAAUGUGAGGAGGAAGCUUCUCGAUCUUGUUCUUAUGGGGCAUCGUGGUUUGUUUAACAGUGAUUCUAGAUCAAGGGAUAUUGACAGAAGCAUGGAGGAUGAAACAGAAGGGGAGGAAAGUGGAUGAGCCAAUGAAUUUACAAUUUUGAAAUGUAACAGAAUUGAAUGCUAGGGAUAGAGUCCCUUCAUAAAAAAAAAAAGGGCCCCAAGAUAUUUAAUUGCAGGAACUGCAGGAAUAGGCUGGAAUUAAUUUGACAGUGUCGGUAAUGCAUGACUGGAAUGAUGGUUGGACAUGACCGUGAUGUUGGCCACAUUAGUAUUGAUGGACAAUUACAUCUAUUGGGGAUUUGCCAUGGCAGGGUUGUCUUACAAGAUGUUAAUGAAGUCGUAUUACUUAUGCAAAGUGGAAAGCUGGAAGUUUUUUUUUUUUUUUUUUUUUCCUGGGUUUAAUAUUCUUAGAAGGGAGGCAAGUAAAUCAUUUGAAUGGUUGGUCUGUUUUGGUGUUUAAUAUUUUCAUCAUAUUGACUUGGGCAUUUGAACUUUGAAUACUUGAAAUAUGGUAUAGUAUGCUCCUCCAUAUUGGUGAUACAUAUUUUUUUUAGCCUUGGUGAUUCAUAUUCUGUUGUGCAAAAUUAGUGGCGGCCGAUCUAAAUCCAAUGUUGUUUAUGCUAACAGAGUUCCCUUCAGCAGGGGUACUAGUUUAUAGUCA